AUGAAGAGCAUGCGAGGGUUAUUGCACACAACCAGUGUCGAAACUACAAAUGAACAAAAGACUACAUUCGCUACCACUUCUGUUGCUGGACACAAAAGAAGUUUAUCAACAGUGGGAGAAGAACAUCACUUCAAGGCUUCUGCCUCUCGAGCGACUGUGCAGUUUCAGCGAGCCGUCAGUCUCCCCUCUGCCCCUCCUCGAAUUUCUGCGAGCCGCAUUGUUCGGCUCGAUGAGCGAGUCGGGCCGUCUGAGUAUUCUCAACGGAGGGCUAUUGCUGCGACUCCGACAUCGUCUUGUGAUCCUGAACUCGAAUUAAGCCAUUCUACAUAUGGACUUCCUCAACAGCUGGUUGAUAAUUUUGCUUCACUUGGCAUAAAACAAAUAUAUCCAUGGCAGAAAGCUUGCCUCAAAGGCCCUGGACUUCUGACAGGAGACAAGAACCUUGUGUAUUGUGCACCAACUGGCGGUGGCAAGUCUCUUGUGGCUGAUGUGCUCAUGCUGAAAAGAAUUCUGGAAGAAAAAGGAACAAAGGCCCUCCUUGUGUUACCAUAUGUUGCUUUGGUUCAAGAGAAAGUUCGUUGGCUUCGUAGUGUGGUACAAGGCUUACGCUUCGCCUCUGAAACAGCGGUCGAUGACGACAAACGCAUAUGGCGUAGACGAGCUGAUGAGAACACAGUCCGUAUCAUUGGUUUCUUCGGGGGUGGAAAAGUUAGAGCAACUUGGGCUGAUUUUGAUAUUGGCGUGUGCACAUUGGAGAAGGCAAACGCACUCGUGAAUACGGCUAUUGAUGACUGUUCGAUCUCCAAGCUUCGCGCGGUUGUGCUUGAUGAGUUACACAUGGUUGAUGAUGAUCAUCGAGGCUAUUUGUUAGAACUCGUGGCGACCAAACUGCUCAGCCUGGAGCAGCGUGUACAAAUUGUGGGCAUGAGUGCCACUCUCCCGAAUAUGGACAUGAUGGCUCGAUGGCUCGAAGGGCAUUGUUACGAAACUCGGUAUCGACCGGUUCCUAUCGAGGAACAUCUCGUGUAUGACGGAAAUAUUUAUCCCGCAAGUUCUACAAGCGGUCUCAUCAAAACAGCGGCACAGCUGAACAGUCGGUCUACACAGACACAGGCACAGAUGAGGCCCAUCCGGCGGAUCGAGCCAUCCACCCAGAAGGAGCUUCGCGACCCAGUAUUAAAUGCAGUGGUCACACUUGCUCACGAGACCGCUGUUGCUGGUUUCGGUGCCCUCGUCUUUGCCGGCAGUCGUGGCAUGUGCGAGUCUGACGCACGAUGGAUUAGCCGGGCUAUGCCCCAGCCACAUGAGCUCAAGGCUGACGUUGUUGACAGAAGGAUGGACUUGUUGGGAGAGCUUCGGAGUCUUAACACUGGGGUUGAUCCGGUAUUGGAAGAGACGGUCCUUUAUGGCGUUGCAUUUCAUCGCCAGCAAGGCGGGUGA